CGUGCAUUUGCACCUAUACAGAUCAUUCCUAUAUACCUGCUAAGAACCGCACACCUGGGACAGCUGCUGUAGGCGCGGGUAUUGUCUAGUCUUGAAGUACGGGGGAAGCAUCGCACUAAAUUAACAAACAAUGGUGAAGGUUGUGGGCUCGGAUAUGCAGCGGAGGAACAGCUGUGAGGAGAAUCUUCCAGGAUCCGCUGCUAAAGAACCUGCCGAUGGCGACGGCAAGGAGCAUCCAGCGACCGAGCCCGGAAUGAUCUGGAAGGUGACCGGCGGCCUCUUCAGCGCCACCAAGGGGGUGGUGGGAGCCACUGUGGGGGGCGUGGCCUGGCUGGGGGGGAAGGGCUUCGAGAUGACCAAGUCAGCUGUGACUGCAGCGCCCUCUGUGGGCGUCGGCCUGGUGAAAGGGGGCGUGUCUGCUGUGGCUGGGGGCGUGACCACCGUAGGAUCGACGGUCGCCAGCAAAGUUCCGUUCAGAGCGAAGCGGAAAGACAAGUCUGAGUGAGGAGCGACCCCGAGAUAUAGCCUGUACAAGCCAGUGAAAGAAAAACUGAACAAAUAAAUACAUCCUAGGUCUGGAUCAAUAGACAGUUAUUUUAUAUACAGUAUUAAGUCUUAUUUAUAAAGAUGUAUGUUUACACAAUUAUGCCAUCGAGAGUGAACUUCUAGAGAUUAUUGUGUUUUUUUUUUUUUAAGUGAACACACCUGCAUGAUCAUAGUGGUUCACAGUUUUUGAGACUUUUGUGUAAAAGCUCUUUCAGAUUUCCACCCUGGCAGAUCUGUCAGGAAGCCGUGUGCUUGAACACUGAACGCGACGACCCACAUUUCCAUACACACCAGACUCUGUGCAAAGCCUUAGCUGACACAGUCUCUGCAGCGCGUCAGCUUAUGUAAAAACAAGAUUCAUGUAAAGGACCAGCAGCUGGAAGAUGAGAAUCUUGCUUACGUUGGGUAUUUUUUCAGAAAUGAACUUUUGCACAUUUUUCCUGCAUUGUUUUCAAGGCAAGAGCCCUCUUUAAACUACCCUCUCUUCUAUUCAUCAAACCUCAUUAUACUCAACUCUGAAACAGCUUCCACAGUAAAUCUCUUCUUUGUAAAUGCCUGGCUUGUAGACCCUUGUCCUUUUUUGUAGAUUCUGUUUAAACUUGAAAGUUAUCAAUGCAAUUUGAAAGGCAGGGGUAGCCAACUCUAGUCUUGUCUUUUAUUGAGUCUGGAAUCACAUUUCUGUAGCAAAUAUAUUUUCUGUAAGCUGUAUUUAAUAAUAAAUAUUUCUUGUGUGAA